CAUGUGCAUCCUCUCAUUGCCUCUGGUGCCUCUGCAUGCUUUGGUGGUGAAAUAUUGAGAGCUUUCAGGAGAAGAAGAGGUCGAUUCAUCGCUCCGGAUCUCGCUCACUCCGGAUCUCACUCCGGAUCUCACUCCUCCGGAUCCAUCGAUUGCCUCUACUAGUAGCUCUCCACUCUCAAGAUGAAGCUUGACAUCAAAAGGAUUGGCCACAACCAUUUGUUUACCAUCUACCACCUUGAUCAUGAGUUGAGUAUCAGCGAAGAGAGUGAGGAUGAGCCAAGAAUUCCUGCCACAAGCCGUUCCAUGGCUUCUCUGUUGUCAAACUUGGAUAUGCUGGUCAGUACCUGGGAAGAAGACUCUACUUUCCUCUGGUCUUUCAAGAAGAACCAGUAUAUGACUCCAGAGCAGGGAAAGAAGGUUGGGGAUCAUCUGUCAAGCUUGGUGGAUGACAAGGAUUGCAGGCUUGUCCGCUUUGGAUUCUCACCCCUUUCAGGAAGAGAGCUUAUGAUGAAACUCAACAGUGGCAUUGAGAUUGUGUUCCUUUUGCCUGCUGGCCAGGGACGCUUUGUUGAGCCAACAGGUCUAGGAGCAGAUCCAGAGGUAGAGGUGGUUGUGGUGGCUCAACCUUGCCUUACACCAGUUGAGUUGCCUGCAUCCAAGCCUGCUGCCAUGAAAAAGCCUCCUCCUAUGCCUCUGGCAAUCAAGACUGUGCCUGUUGCUGUUGCUCCUGCUGUCAUGAAGGAGAAACCACACAACAACAAUCGCCGAGAAAGCAGUGGCACCUUGGAGCCCUGGGAUGAAAGGAAGGAAGAUGCUGAUUUGGAGGAGUUGGUGGAUUUGAUUGGUCAGGAGCAGAUCAGCACUCGGUCCACUGAUACAGAGUACACGUAUGUCACUGUAGAGGAUGAAAAUGAAUAUGCAAUCCACAACAACAGACCUAUCCACAGCAACCAACAAGGCAAAUGGCAACAAUCAUAA